AUGACGUCCAAGGCUAAAGAGAAAAAGAAAGAGGAAGAUAUGGCAAGAUAUGACAAGAAGCUACUGUCCAUCAUGGGUGUCCCUAAGUUCUUCAGGUGGAUCUCUGAGAGGUACCCCCUCACCUCUCAAUUGAUCACCCCCAACUCGAUCCCAACAUUUGACAACCUCUACCUGGAUAUGAACGGUAUCAUCCACAACUGUUCGCAUCCCCCUUCGUCCGAGAACGACCCCCAUUUCCGCAUCACCGAGGAGCAAAUGAUCCUCGCCAUUUUUGCGUACAUUGAUUUCCUGUUUACCAAGAUCAAGCCUAAGAAGAUCUUUUACAUGGCCAUUGACGGUGUCGCCCCGCGCGCCAAGAUGAACCAACAACGCUCCCGUCGUUUCCGUACGGCCCGUGACGCUCGCGAGCAGCGUGAAGCCGCCGAGCGCAAGGGAGAGAAGCUCCCCGACGAGAAGGCGUUCGACUCCAACUGUAUCACGCCUGGAACACCAUUUAUGGCUCGUCUUUCCGAGCACCUCAAGUACUAUGUGCGCAAGCGUAUCUCCGAAGACGCCGAGUGGCGCAACGUCAAGGUCAUCUUCAGCGGCCAUGACGUUCCCGGAGAAGGCGAGCACAAGAUCCAAGAAUUCAUCCGCAUGAGCAAGGCUCAGCCGGACUACAACCCCAACACUCGCCACUGCCUCUACGGCCUCGAUGCCGAUUUGAUGAUGCUGGGUCUGCUCAGCCAUGACCCCCACUUCUGCCUCCUCCGCGAGGAAGUGACUUUUGGCAGGAAGUCGAAGAAGUCCACUGGUCUUGCCAACCAGAACAUGUUCCUACUCCACCUGUCUCUCAUGCGCGAGUACCUCGACCUCGAGUUCUCGUCCGUCGCCCACACUCUUCCAUUCGAGUACGACCUCGAGCGAAUCAUCGACGACUUUAUCCUUAUGUCGAUCUUUGUCGGAAACGACUUCCUUCCCAACCUCCCAGGACUUCACAUCAACGAGGGUGCCCUUGAACUGAUUUGGAAGAUCUACAAGGAGAACCUCGCUGAAAUGGGCGGCUACCUCAACGAGCACGGCACCAUUUCGCUGCCGCGUCUCCAGAUUAUGCUCAACAAGCUUGCCGACUUUGAGAGGGACAACUUUGAGCAGGAGUUUGCCGAUGCCAACUGGCACAAGGGCAAGCAGGAGAAGGAGAUUGCUGCCCUCGAGAAGGCCCGCAAGCGUGGCAAGCUUAUCAUUACCAAGGACCAGAAGAAGCUCCUUGACCAGAUCAAGACCUUUGUGACCAAGCACCAGUCUCGCCCCAAGGCCGAGGACCGUUUGGCCAUUGUCAACACCUUCCCUGCCCGCGACAGGCGGUUCAUCCAGGAGCUUGCCGACUCGCUCCACCUGCUUUGCACCUGGGACGAAGUCGACGACUACGGGCAGCCCCUCAUUGUCCUCAGCUUCAACAUGGACGGUGUCAGCGAGGACAGCCAUGGCGAGGACGAGGAGGAUGAGGGCGAAUGGGAGUCUGAAGAGGACCCCGAGGGGAACAUUGCCAUUCAGCGCGUGUUUGGCAAAUACGACAAGGCCAAGGUUGUCGACAAUGCGCUCGAGGACUUUGAGGAGUCGUUCGAAGAGAAGGUUGCGCAGAAGAUGGCCGAAUGGAAGCGCUCCUACUACAAGGAGAAGAUGGACAUCAACUGGGACGUCCCCGAGGAGAUGCACCCUCUCAUCUACCGCUACGUCGAGGGUCUCCAGUGGGUCCUCAACUACUACUACAAGGGUGUAUCGUCGUGGGGCUGGUUCUAUGACUACCACUACGCCCCCAAGAUCUCGGACAUUAAGGACUUCGCGGCCUGGAAGUUCCCCUUCGAGCUUGGCAAGCCUUUCCUGCCCUUCCAGCAGCUCAUGGGUGUCCUUCCUGCCGACUCCAUGGAGCACGUCCCUUCCACAUACCGGGACCUCAUGACCCAAGAGACCUCGCCAAUCAUCGACUUCUACCCCAAGAACUUCGACCUCGACAUGAACGGCAAGAAGGCUGACUGGGAGGCUGUCGUCAAGAUUCCGUUCAUCAACGAGGAGCGCCUGCUCCGUACAAUGGCCACACGUGAAAACGGGUUGACCCCCGAGGAGAAGAAGCGCAACUCGUCAGGCAACCUGCCCGUCCAAUUUGUGUACGACGAGUCCAACGAGACCAGUUACCCGUCGUCGCUGGCCGGCUUCUUCCCCGACCUUGUCGCCUGCCACUGCGACGCAAGCCCGUUCAUCAUGCCUACCCUCAAGGACGGCAUGGAGCUGGUUCUUGGCCUCAUGGACGGCGUCCACCUCGGUGCCGCGGCGCUUGCCGGCUUCCCUUCGCUGGCCACUUUGCCAUACCACGGCACUCUGGGUUUCCACAGCGUCAAUGUCUUCCAGCAGGACAGCAAGAACCAGUCGAUGGUCAUCACUGUCGAUGCCAAGCACGACAAGAACAGCACCGCUGAGGUUGCCAAGCGCCUCGUCGGCCAGCGCACCUUCCAUUCGUGGCCUUACCUGCACGAGGGUAUUGUUGUUGCCGUUUCGGACGACAUGUUCAGGUACGAGCUUCAACGUGUGGGCAACUCGACCAAGAUCGUGUCCAACCCUCACGGUGACGGGUUUGCCGCCAUCAGGUGGAAGAAGGAGGCCGACAGGCUCGAGCACCACUACUCGAAACGUUACGGUGUCCAGAUCGGCAACGUGGACGUUGUCGUUCACAUUCUGCCUCUCAAGGGCCUCAAGCGUCUCGACACUGGUGCUCUUGUCAAGGACUACGAGGGACCGGACAAGGAGCUUACCCAAGCCUUGCAAAUGUCCGUUCACCAGGUCACGUUCGAGGACGAGCGCUUCCUUGAAAAGGAUGCGCCUCCCAUGGAGCAGGAGUUCCCCCAGGGCGAAAAGGUCUUCUUCCUCGGUAGCAUGGCCUACGGUGUUGCCGCCCAGGUUACCGCCACCACCGAGAAGACGCUCAACAUCAGCCUCGCCUACUUCCCUGGCGAGGUCAACGAGACUCGCGAGUUUACGCGCCUUGUCCAGACCCGCCCUGCGGGCCACUACUACGCUUCCCACGCCCUCGCUAGGCGCCUGGGUAUCUCGCCGCUUGGGCUCUCGCGCAUCACCUCGUCGCUCAUGGUCGCCUUCACCAGUGGUGGCCAGAAGACCAACAUUGGCCUGUCGCUCAAGUUUGAGUCCAAGGGUCUGAAGGUUCUCGGUUAUUCUCGCAAGGCCGACCGUAACUGGGAGUUCUCCGAGAAGUGUGCCCAGCUGCUUGAGCAGUACAAGGCUGCCUUCCCUGAGCCGUUUAGGCACCUCGACUCGCGCGGCGGCGACAUUGUCUCGUCGGCUGAACUGUGCCCGAACGCCGAGAACCCCGACCAGGUUAUCAAGGACAUGCACAAGUGGCUCAAGACCAACGGUGUCACCGACCUCGAGCCCGUCUCCCUGUUUGCCGAGCAGCUCGAGAAGGAGACGGUUGGCCAGAUCGAGUUGAUGGCCAACCACAUCCGUGAGAGGAAGACGCAAGAGUCCAUCAAGCGCGCCGUCAUCAACGGCAUUCCCCGCCAGGCUGUCCUCAAGCCCUCGCACGCCAUCUACCGCCUGCAGGGCCAAAAGUUCUUCCUCGGCGACCGUGUCAUCAUGGUCCAGGACGCCGCUGCCGGUGGUGUUCCCCUUUCGAUGAAGGGUGUCGUUGUCGGUCUCGGCACUCGUGACAUUGACGUCGUCUGGGACGUCCCCUUCAUGGGUGGCGAGACCCUCUCUGGCCGCUGCUCCGACUACCGUGGCUCGACUGUGCCGUUCUCGUCGUGUCUGAACCUCACCCGCCCGCAGUUUGCUGUUGGCGCUGAGACUGCACCCAAGCCUCUCGGCCAAGCCCAACCGUUCCGUCCUCAGAUCGGUCCUCGUCCCGUCGUUGCGCCCAACAACUACCGUCCGUCCAUCCCAAGCAACAAGCCCGUGCAGAUUAUGCAGAACCCUCAGCGCCAGCGCUACCCUGCCCAGCAAGCCGGUGCCAUGCAGUACGGCAACGCCGCCAAGGGUAUCCGCCCCCAGGCUGCACCGGCGCCGAACCUCAACCACCGCGAUCGUCUUGCCACCGCCCUCGUGGGCCAGCAGCAGCAGGCCCUUCCCAGGCAACACGUUGCCAAGACCCCGCACAUUAAGCCCGUGUCGCCGACGCAGGCCCACCGCGCUCUGCCGCCCCAGAACGGACACGCCAACGGUGGACACGUUAACGGUGCCCCCGCUGGUCGCGGCCGCGGAGGACGGGGUGGUCGUGGCGGGCGGGGUGGACGGGGACGUGGCGGCGCGGCUCAAGGAGGAGCUGCCGCCGGUUCCGCUGGCGCUGCCCCCGCCGCUGCUCCUGCUCCUGCUCCUGCUCCUGCCCCAGCUCAGGCAUAA